CUUCUGUUCUCUCCAACGCUUUUCUGUUUCUACAACAGAAGAACGAAGCCUCCUCGUUCUUCUUUUCAGCACUUUCUCUCUCUAGAACCAGAACCAUCGCUCAUUUCUCUCUCUCUCUCUCUCUCUCUCUCUCUCUACAACGAACAAGACCUUGUUCGCUUAAUCAAUCUCGCGGUGGUGUUGUUGGUGCUGCGGUUGUGGUUCCGGCCAUGGGACAGCAGUCGUUGAUCUACAGCUUCGUGGCUCGCGGCACCGUGAUCCUCGCCGAGUACACCGAGUUCUCCGGUAACUUCACCGGCGUGGCGGCGCAGUGCCUCCAGAAACUCCCUUCCUCCAACAACAAGUUCACCUACAACUGCGAUGGUCACACCUUCAACUACCUCGUCGAUAAUGGAUUCACUUACUGUGUUGUUGCGGUUGAGUCUGCUGGACGGCAGAUUCCAAUUGCUUUCCUUGAACGCAUCAAGGAGGAUUUUACCAAGAAAUAUGCUGGAGGAAAAGCUGCAACAGCGGCUGCUCAGAGCCUCAAUAGAGAGUUUGGACCUAAGUUGAAGGAGCAGAUGCAGUACUGUGUUGAUCACCCUGAGGAGAUUAGCAAGCUAGCUAAAGUGAAAGCUCAGGUUUCGGAAGUCAAAGGAGUUAUGAUGGAAAAUAUCGAGAAGGUUCUCGACCGUGGGGAGAAAAUUGAGCUUUUGGUGGAUAAAACAGAGAACCUACGCUCUCAGGCACAAGAUUUCAGGCAACAGGGAACUAAGAUUAGGAGGAAGAUGUGGUUCCAAAAUAUGAAGAUAAAGCUCAUAGUUUUGGGUAUCAUUAUUGCCUUGAUUCUCAUUAUCGUUCUUUCCGUUUGUGGUGGCUUCAACUGUGGUAAAUGAGUCUUCUCACUAGAUAAGAUUGUCGUUAGCAGAUUUCCCUUGCCUCUUCUGUUGACGUAGUUCUUUUGACCUACUUUUUGGGAUUUACAUUCAUCCUACUUCGAUGAUCAAUAUUAUAUGACAUUACUUGUAUAGUGUGUAAUGCUUUAAUCUUCCUCGACUUGUCUUCCAUAGUGUAAUGCUAAUUUUCCUUAGUUUAGGUGGGAGUUAAGCAUUUGGUUUGAGGAUUAUGAUAUUUUUCCAUCUAUGCUUAAAUAUUGAAAACCAACCAUUGGAGUUAAAGCAUUUGGUUUGAGGAUAAUGAUAUUUUACCAUC